GUCACUAUGGAGCUCUAUGGGGUCACUAUGGAGCUCUAUGGGGUCUCUAUGGAGCUCUAUGGCGUCAUUAUGGACUCUUAUGGUGUCGCAAUGGAGCUCUAUGGGGUCACUAUGGAGCUCUAUGGGUUCACUAUGCAGCUCUAUAGGGUCACUAUGGAGCUUUAUGGGGUCACUAUGGAGCUCUUAUGAGGUCACUAUGGAGCUCUUAUGGGCUCUUAUGGGGUCUCUAUGAAGCUCUAUGGGGUAACUAUGGAGCUCUAUGGGGUCACUAUGGGGCUCUUACGGGGUCACUAUGGAGCUCUAUGGGGUCACUAUGGAGCUCUAUGGGGUCACUAUGGAGCUGUUAUGGGGUCACAAAGGAGCUCUUAUGGGGUCACUAUGGAGCUCUAUGGUGUCACUAUGGAGCUCUAUGGGGUCACUAUGCAGCUCUAUGGGGUCACUAUGGAGCUCUAUGGGGUCACUGUGGAACUCUAUGGAGUCACUAUGGAGCUCUAUGGGAACACUAUGGAGCUCUAUGGGGUCACUAUGGAGCUUUAUGGGGUCGGGUCACUAUGUAGCUCUUAUGGGGUCUCUAUGGAGCUCUAUGGGGUCACUAUGGAGCUCUAUGGGAACACUAUGGACUGUUAUGGGGUCACUGUGGAGCUCUAUGGGAUCACUGUGGGGCUCUAUGGGGUCUCUAUGGAGCUCUAUGGGGUCAAUAUGGAGCUCUAUGGGAUCUCCAUGGAGCUCUGUGGGGUCACUAUUGAGCUCUAUGGGGUCACUAUGGAGCUCUAUGGGUUCACUAUGCAGCUCUAUAGGGUCACUAUGGACUCUUAUGGGGUAUCUAUGGAGCUUUAUGAGGUCUCUAUGGAGCUCUAUGGGGUAACUAUGGAGCUCUAUGGGGUCACUAUGGAGCUCUAUGGGGUCACUAUGGAGCUCUUAUGGGGUCACAAUGGAGCUCUUAUGGGGUCACUAUGGAGCUCUAUGGGGUCACCAUGGAGCUUUAUGGGGUCACUAUGGAGCUCUAUGGGGUCACUAUGGACUCUUAUGGGGUCACUAUGGAGCUCUAUGUGGUCACUAUGGAGCUCUACGGGAUCUCUAUGGAGCUCUAUGGGGUCACUACGGAGCUCUGUGGGGUCACUAUGGAGCUCUAUGGGGUCACUAUGGAGCUCUAUGGGAACACUAUGGGCUCUUAUGGGGUCACUAUGGAGCUCUAUGGGGUCACUAUGGAGCUCUAUGGGGUCUCUAUGGAGCUCUAUGGGGUCACUCUAUAGGGUCACUAUGGAGCCUUAUGGGGUUACUAUGGAGCUCUUAUGGGCUCUAUGGGGUCACUGUGGAACUCUAUGGAGUCACUAUGGAGCUCUAUGGGAACACUAUGGAGCU